AUGGCCGCUUUACCUAUGUCUCGCACAAUAAUUUCUCGUCCAUUUAAUAUCACUGGUGUAGAUUUUGCAGGACCUUUUGACAUUCGAAAUUAUAUUGGUCGCGCAUGUUUGAUAACGAAAGGUUAUGUAUGCGUAUUUGUUUGUUUCGCUAACAAAGCAAUUCACUUGGAAGCAGUUAGUAGUUUGUCCACUCUUGCUUUCUUAGCGGCAUUUUCUAGAUUCGUGUCACGCCGCGGUUAUCCGAAAGAUGUAUAUUCGGAUAAUGGAACUAAUUUUGUGGGUGCUUCUAGAGAAUUAAAAAGUGAAUUUCGCAGUUUUCUUCGGGAUAUAGGUUCAGAAGUAAACGUGGGAUAUGCACCUCAAAGCCUACAUUGGCAUUUUAAUCCCGCUAGCGCACCUCAUAUGGGGGGUCUUUGGGAGGCAGGGGUAAAAAGUUUCAAAUACCAUUUUCGCAGAAUUGCUGGCUGUUUGAAGUACACUUUCGAGGAAUUUUCAACUUUGUUGGCUCGUAUUGAAUCGUGUCUUAACUCGAGGCCGUUGUGUCCAUUAAGUGAGAGUGCAGAUUGUUUGGACGUUCUCACACCGGGUCAUUUUCUGAUUGGCGGCCCGUUGUUAACUCCACCAGAGCUUGAAAUUACGGAAGCUCUUGUGUCUAUUACAAAUCGAUGGCAAAGAGUUAAAGCUAUAAAUCAAAGAUUAUGUAUGAGGUGGAAAGAUGAAUAUUUAAAGGACUUACAAAAGCGUCACAAAUGGAAAUUUAUGCAAAGAAAUAUUGAAAUUGGUGAUAUGGUUGUUAUUCGUGAGGACAAUUUACCGAUAAACGAAUGGCGUUUAGGUCGAGUACAAAAAGCCCACAUUGGUAAAGAUGGUCACGUCAGAGUUGUAGAAUUAAAAACUGCGCGUGGCUUAGUUACCAGACCAGUUGUGAAGCUUUAUCAUGGUUUCUCCAAAGAAAUAUAG